GGCUACGUCGGUGCUACGCCGCCCUCGGGCCUACGAGACCGCGAACCACAUGUCAUUAACAUUUCGGAACCGACCCCCUACCGUAACAUGAGGACUCUAGUGUGAACAAAAUGAGGGGCGACAUGUGUUCAGUGUUCACGGAUGUGUUGCCUGUUGUAUGUGAAAGUGUCCUAUUUUAUUAUCAGUGAUGUCGUCUCUGACUAAAAAUAAGUUCAAAUGUGGCGAAUAAGGACUGAAGAUGAACAGGUCGGGCUACGAUUACAACGUGCCUGUAUCUACCACCUACUACGCGACGAACUCGCGGCCCCCGCAGUAUGAGCGGGGAUACGGGCAGCUCGCUCCGGUUCCUCUUUACAGCCCCUCCUCACACCCUCUCUCCAAUUACGCUGAUGUGUAUGAGGGUAACAACGAUACCACGCUCCGAGCCGAAGAAAGACACUGGUAUAUAGAAAACCACAAAAAUUUGCAAAGCAACUACAAUGGCACUCACGAAGCCGUGUCUCAAGAGACAAAAAUUAAAAAGGAGGAAGAGAAAAAAGCCGACGUGCAAAUUCCUAGGUCUGAGACAGCGCAAGUCAGGCAGAGGAGGAAAGAGGACCGGUGUUCGUGCGAGUGCUGGCCCACUUCAGACAAUAAUGGCGUGCAAGACAAUAGUGGUAACGAAACUACGAGGUCGUUAUCGGGCGUGGAUAUGGUGGCAUCGUACGGAGUGUACGGCAACUCCCAAGAAGACGACAGCUCGGGGUUUGCGCGUAUAUCAGAGAAGAAUACCACUUAUGGCCAGAGAAGUGAAACUUCGGCACAGGGCGUGAUAGUGAACCAGCAAGGCAACAGCGCAGUGGUGCGGUCAACCAGUUCGACGGAUUCCACUUGCAGCAAGUGCUGUCCGUGGUCGAACCCUCAAGCCGCGAAUUCGGAAGACUAUUGCUGGAUACACUAUUGCAAACCGACGCUAAUAGUGCUUCUAUUGUUAUUUUGUUUAGUAUUGUUGGGCGUUUCAACAGGGUUUUUACUAACAAAUAAUUAUUUACAUUAUCAACCACGGCCGCCCGCUCCGGAAGAAGCCUGCGAGAAGACAUUCUGCCGAUGGGGCGCGGAAUGCGUCUCGCUCGGCGACGGUCGCGCGCAUUGCGCGUGCCCCACUACCUGCCCGUCGUCCAGCGCGCCCGUGUGCUCCACCGCAGGGAGAACCUACCGCAACCAUUGCCUCUUGCGCAAGGAGGCGUGUGAACGACGGCUUAACUUGCGCGUUAAGCAUGAGGGCGAAUGUGAAGCCGGAGAUCCAUGUACCGGAAUCACAUGCCCGACUGGGUCCCGCUGCAUCGUUACCUACGGGCAAGCUGAGUGCCGCUGUCCCCGCAGCUGUCAAAGACGCAAGCCGGUAUGCGGCAGCGACGGGCGGGAGUACCCCUCCGCUUGCCAUCUGGAUAAACAAGCCUGCGAGAACUUACUUAACAUCACCAUCAAAUAUUACGGAAAAUGCGAUCCAUGUGCAGAUCACGAAUGCACAGACGGUGGGAUCUGCCAACUGAACGAGGUCCGUGCCCCAGUCUGUAGAUGUGGCCCUCCUUGCGACCUCAUCCCGCGGUCGGGUUCCGCAGUGUGCGGGUCUGAUUACAAAGACUAUGAGAGUGAAUGCGCACUCCGCAGGGCGUCUUGCCGCACUAGACAACAACUCUCGAUAGCUUACAGAGGAGAAUGUGCUUCAGCUCAACAUCCAUGCGGCUCAGUGAAAUGCGGCGUUCGCGAGCGCUGCACUUUAGACGCGCGCGGCGUAGCCGUUUGCGGCUGUGGGCCGGACUGCGAAGAAGUGGUACGGCCGGUUUGCGGCUCGGACGACCGCACGUACGACAGCCCGUGUUUACUAGAUCGAACAGCGUGUUUGGAUAAUCGAGACAUACGGAUCGCGUACAUGGGCGCCUGCGGAGUGGAAAACCCUUGUGCACGAGCAAGUUGUCCGUGGGGCGGCGCGUGUGUGACACGUGGGGGGUCCGCGCACUGCUCGUGCCCCGUGUGUGACUCCACCCUGGCCCCAGUGUGCGCCUCUGACCACAACACCUAUGGCAGCGAGUGCAAGAUGCGGAUGCACGCUUGCCAAACAAGCCUUAGGGAGGGCGAACUUCGCGUUCUAUACAACGGGACAUGUCAAACAUGCGCUGAUGUACUUUGUGAGGGCGGAGGGGCCUGUGAAGUUGACUCAGAGAGUGGACGACCAGUUUGCCACUGCAAUCAUAACUGUACUGCUGUUCAAGAUUCGGACGUAGUGUGCGGUACCGAUGGGCAGACUUAUCCGUCACAAUGCGAGCUCGAUUUGACAGCGUGUCGGGACCAGACCGAGCUGCGGCUAGCCUACAAGGGAGACUGUGCUCUCUGUGAACCAGUCCAAUGCUCGUUCGGAGCCCACUGCAUAGCUGGCGAAUGUGUUUGUCCGUCCGACUGUACCAGCGCUCUCAGAGAGCCAGUCUGCGGGAGCACCAUGCAGACCUACCCCAACGAAUGUGAACUGCAGAAAGCUGCCUGUAAACUACAACCACCUAACAAACUCCACGUCAUCUUCUACGGAGACUGUAAGGACAGGCUCGCUGUCGUCCCGCCUAUUGCUAUGACUACGACCGCGAUGACCACAACAGAGGCUGAGGAGGGUUCAACGGAUUCCUUGGGUGCAACCGAGGGUACCGCCAACCCAUCAGCAUGUCGCGAUAUCCGCUGCGACUUCGACGCCAGCUGUGAGAUCGGUUUCGAUGGUUACCCACGGUGCUCUUGUUUGUUCGAAUGCCCAAUCGAUGAUGAAUACUUCCCGGUGUGCGCGUCAGACUUUCGGCUGUAUCCGAGUUUGUGCGCCAUGCGGAAGGAAGGCUGCCAAAAACAGUUGGAGCUUAGAUUAAGGCCUUUGGAUCUGUGUAAAGGUAUGGAAGUGAGGCCCUGCGGUAAUAACAAGGCAAUAAUAGAUACGUCAACGGGACUCGAAAUCGACUGUGGCAACGGCCCGCACCGCCAGGACUGCCCGACGGGGAGUUACUGCCACAUAACGCUAACUGCCGCAAGAUGCUGCCCCAAAAACGAUACAAAACAAGUGGAUGAAAGGAAGAUUGUACACUGCUCAGAGAGUGCUUAUGGUUGCUGUUCGGACGGAUCGACCCCCGCAUCGGGCCCGGCUGAAGCGGGCUGCCCAAUUACAACUUCGACUUGCGGUUGCAAUCGUCUGGGAUCAGUGUCGGAUCGCUGCGAUGAUGGUGGGCAGUGUGUUUGUCGCCCGGGGGUGGGGGGCCUUAAGUGCGAUAGAUGCGAGCCCGGAUAUUGGGGACUGCCUCGGAUAGGCUCCGGACACACGGGAUGCAUUCCGUGUGGUUGUUCAGCAUUUGGUUCAGUAAGAGAAGACUGCGAGCAAAUGACAGGUCGCUGCGUAUGUCGCCCCGGCGUGCAAGGCCAGAAGUGUACAGUGUGCGCCGACCACCGACGCCGCUUAGGCCCUAACGGCUGCUCUGAUCCGGAAAUAGGCGGUAUAUUGGAGUCAUGCGCAGAUUUGUCUUGCUAUUUCGGUGCAGUGUGCACUGAACGUACUGGAGGCGCUCUGUGUGAGUGUGCAGCUGCACCUUGUCCUGAUAACGAUCUCAAUAUGCUUGUAUGCGGGAGCGACGGCAAGACUUACGAGUCGGAGUGUCACUUGAAACUGCAGGCGUGUCGCACGCAAGAGGACGUUGUCGUACAAGCGUUCGGUCCCUGCAAGUUGUCCGAAGUGGCCGGCACGGCCGGACCGCCUCGGCCUUCGUCUCCCAUACAAUUCACACAACAAGACGAUGGGGCCGCUUCAAAAUCAACAAGACAUUUACUAAACCCCGACAAGUACUACAACAAGUAUGAUUGGACGAGGAAGGAGACGCCCAGCGAUUUCGAUAACAUUCUAUUAGGACAGAAAAUAAAAGGUUCACAAACCGCAACCACCGCUACCGUAGGGGCAGUGGGUGCGCUUCUAGGGGAUCUUUGUACUGAGGACGCCGACUGCGCUGCCUUGCCUGGUGCUUAUUGUGCUCGAGGGGGGUGCGUGUGCCGCCAGGGAUACACUCCCACUGUACAUAGAAAAGCUUGCAUUGAACAAUUAACGCAAGAAACCACUGAAGAAUACAGUGCAUGCCUGUCAGAACCGUGCUAUAAUUUUGGCACAUGUAUAGACUUACCCGGCUCUACCUACACUUGCGUGUGUUCUGAUCUAUACACAGGCGUCAACUGCGAAUCUCCUAUCAAAGAUGGUUCGCCAAUUACUUACAUCGAAACUCCAUCCUUUGACGGUACAUCAUAUAUUCGCCUAAAACCACUGAAGGCUUACCAUAAGUUGAACAUCGAUAUCGAAUUUAAGGCAUUCUCCGAAAAUGGGGUUAUAUUGUACAAUCAGCAGAAACCCGACGGUACGGGUGAUUUCGUUUCGCUCGCCUUGGUAAAUGGAUAUUUGGAGUUCAGGUAUAAUCUUGGAAAUGGAGUAAUAAUACUAACGUCCCUCGAAAAGAUUACACUAAACGAAUAUCAUAAGGUGUCAGCAAAAAGAUAUCACCGGGACGGUAUUUUAUCAGUCGAUGAUAUGGAGGAUGUCGCCGGACAGUCGAGCGGUAAUCUAAAGGCCUUGGAUCUUUCUGAAGAUGCCUAUAUUGGUAGUGUUCCUGCAAAUUAUUCCAGGGUAUUCGACAAUAUAGGUACGAGGAGUGGCUUUAUUGGCUGUAUAAGGUAUCUGAGGAUAAUACGCCAUCAAGUGACAAAGAAAUUGGGUCGUCCGGACUCAUUAGUGGUGUCUAUAGAGAAGGUUCGAGAGUGUCAAUCUAAUCCGUGUAUGAGUAUGCCGUGUAGGAACGGGGCCACGUGUGGGUCUGUCGAGGGGUCGGCUACCGAAUAUACAUGUAGCUGUGCUAUCGGAUUCCAAGGAGCCAAUUGCGACGAGAGAUUAGAUCCAUGCGAAUCUAAUCCCUGCGGGUAUGAUGAGGGGCUAUUGUGCGAUAUCGGCCCGAAUGGUGGACACGUUUGUCGCUGUUUGUUCGGUGAUAUUGAUUCGAACGGAAAUACCUGUAACAACGACGUGAACGUAUUACAAGAGAGUUGGUCGCCACAGUUCAACGGGACGAGUUACGUCGAGUUACAGCCACUCGAAGGCCUGGGGAAGGCGUUUCGCAUCGAAAUUUGGUUUUUAACGAACCGUUUUUCCGGAAUGCUCCUCUACACCGGCCAGUCCAAUAAAGCCAAGGGGGAUUUUAUAGCGAUUAACUUAGUUAAUGGGUACCUACAGUUUAGGUACAAUUUGGGGAGCGGAAUCGCCAAUAUCACAUCUCCUGUGCCAAUAACAAAAGGACGCUGGCACAGAGCGCGCGCUACUCGAGUUGGUCGCCACGGCAGUCUGCAACUCGACCACCAUCCAACACAAAGGGGGAAUUCCGCACCGCCGCUGACACACCUAGAACUAACGUUACCAUUGUUUAUUGGGUCUUUACCCGCUUACGUCCGUCCCCACAAAAUGUCCGGCGUGACCAGCAGUUUCAUAGGCGCAGUGCAACAGGUCUUCGUGAACGGCAAUCCCCUAGCGCUGUAUAGUGGAGACACGGCCAAGUGUUCCGUUGUGGCCGACGAAGAUCAACUGCCGUGCGCUACGAGCGGUGUUUCUAAGUACAUUGGACCGCCUUGCGGGUCAGGUAUCACUCCUUGCAAAAACAAUGGUUCGUGCAUACCUUUACUGAACGAAUACAAAUGUAUAUGCCCGGAUGGGUACCAGGGAAGGAACUGCGAGGUGCAAUUAAAAGUAGAGAUGUUAAACGACGGCGCGCCUAUUAAGUUCGACGGAAAUAAUUACUAUUCCUACCGUAGCCGGGGUGGCCGUAGGAAUCGAGGCCCCCGUGGUAUUAGAUACGAAAUAAAAUUCCGUACUCAUAACGAUUCUGGCUUGUUGAUGUGGAGACGAAAGAUCGGCAUAAGGCCUCGUGACUUCAUCGGUCUUGGACUGAGUGAAGGGAAGCUGCAGCUUAUAUACACCGAUACCGAUGCAAAGGAAGUGAAGUUGGCUACUAAUGAGGACUGGUUUCAAUGUGUCGAGUCUAAAGAUAGAGUGGAUGAUGGGCUUUGGCACACGGCCACUGUGAGGCGACGUAAGAGACUUGCAAUGCUUCAAGUCGACGACUUGCCACCUGUGAGAGGUUACUCGCAGUCAUUGCUUGUACCCUCGAAAGCGAAUCCUAAACUAUGGAUUGGCGGAUCACCGACGUUGCCGUUGGGAUUACCAGCGGCCCUUUACACGGGCUUUCGGGGUUGUAUAGCGAGCGUGAAAUCAAGCGGCAGGCACGUCGACGUCACUGCACCGAUUCGACCAACGACUACGAUACGAUAUUGCGAUUGAAAUACUUCAAGUCUUAGGUGGACGCAGACUGGGAGUGGUCGAGAGUUGAACUUUUUUUAUAUAUAAGCGGAUAAAGUUUCUGUUUGUCGCCGAUAGGUUGAAACUUAUUGGUUGCUUGCGUAACUGUACAGGCCAAUGGAGUGAAAUUGUUAAGUUGAAAUAAAAAGCGAAGCUUAAUUUGCUAGUUUUUCAUAACUAAACGGAAAAGUAGUAAAACUUUACACAAAAUCCUAUAGAAACAAAUAACUCCGGAACGCUUCCACCUAGACUUCUAUGUAUUAAUUGAUUAAAAGUCGUGGCAUAUGUAACGAAACAUGUCUCGUAAUAUAAAAAUAUAACGAGAUAUUUUAAAACCGUAAUUUUUUUCCAAAUUAUGGUUAGAAACUGACCAUUCAAUUACGUCAGGAUCUUCUAAUAAGGAUCUAACUUACGUCGUAAUAAUGAAAUUAAUCAUUAAAUACCUUUCAGAUAUUUGAUUCAAUUAUUUAGCCUUAUUAUCUUUGGCUCAAACUUUACACCAUAUCAUGCGAAUCACUGUUUUUAUGCUUGUGUGCGUGUAUGCUGUGACGUCAAAUGUAGAAGAAAGAAUACGUUACGCAUGCUACGACCUAGAAUAAAAAAAAAUAUUCUAUGUAAACGGAAAACGAAUAUCAAUCCAUAUCUUGAAAAGAUUGUGUAAAAGUGAAAUAUGAAAGUAUUAUUUUUGUGUAUAAAUAGUAUUAUUGUACCUGUUAGGCGUUGUUUUAUUUGUUACAGCGACAGUGCCUUUUGUUUUCUGUAGAAGUGAACGAUUAGUAGAAAUCUAUACUCUAUACUAAUAUAUAAAGCUGAAGAGUUUGUUUGUUUGAACGCGCUAAUCUCAGGGACUACUGGUCCGAUUUGAAAAAUUCUUUCAGUGUUAGAUAGCCCAUUUAUCGAGGAAGUCCAUAAUCAUUUAUAUAUUAUCCCCGUUUUCCUACAAGAACGAGAACCACGCGAGUAAAACCGCGCGGCGUCAGCUAGUAGCUUAAUAAUUAACAAAUGACACCACAUAUAUAAGGCAGAGGCUGAAUAAAUAAUCAUAGAUAUUGAUUAUUUUAUAUUCUCUGUUGUAUGUUUUCCUGUCAUAAGGAAAACAACUUAUAAUGAACGAGACACGGGUCCUUUUCCAAAAUACUGUUUGGACAAUUAUCAUUUGAUUGGUUGUGAAUAUUACGACUAUUUAAUUGUCAUACUUAAAUAUGUUUUUAUUUAUUUUUUAUCUAGUAAUUUUAGGUUGUGUCAUACAAAAUAUGAAAACCUAUUGGUGUAUCGUUUCGGCUACUUGGUUUCUUAAUCUUGGAAUUCUCAAGUGCUCGAAGCGCUUGACACCAAAUAUCCUAAGCUCACAAUGCAAUUUAUGACGCUUAGCUUAUAAAAAAAUAAAAAAGACUAUAUCUCCACGGUUAAGAAGUCGUACACGGUAGGUGUAAGCCUUAUUUGAAUGGGCAGGGGAAUUUAUGUACAUGGGUAAUAUUCUUGUAUAUUAUUUUAUAUUUUCCAUCCUUCUUCAUAAUAAAUAUAGUUUUUGAAUAUAUGAAGCAUUUCACUUUCGCCAGAAAACUGUCGCUGGAACAUGUAAUCAGUCGCUGUAAGAACUCCUACCGAUACAUAUCCUGAUGACACUUUUUUUUAUUUUAUCACAAUCAAUACUGCCACUAACUGCGCGAUUAGAAUGCGUGAAGGUACGUCACUCAUAUAUAUUUAACCGCACGCCAAGGCUCCUGGCAUAUGACAACUAAACUAAUUCUAGCAUUAAAGGUGCGUGCCAUUAUACAUUUUAAAUACAUAUUGUCUUUGACUAAUAAGCUGUAGACCCGCAACACCUAACAAAUUUUCACUCAAUAAGCCACUUCUAUGACUAUGUGAGCGUAAGAUCUAAGAUAAUUACCUUCGCCGACACGCACACAAACGUACUUAUCAUAGCGUAGCAAAGCGUCAAGUGUCCCGAUUUCGGGGCACAUAAAACGGCUUACGAAUCCAGCUACACACUAUCAAUGUUUUACAAAUCUAUGCUUAUUAUUUUUAUGCUAUUAUGCUAUGAUAAAACACUACAACAUUCAAACAAUAUUUGAAAUUAAGGCAGCAAAAAUGUUUCAAAUUUUUUAUACACAUAUAUUUUUAUUCAAUCAAUCAAUCACUCAAUGCGUUUACUAUGUCACAUGGUGAUCCUCUCCACUCUAAUCGCCCAGGUUUAGUUGGCUUUCUGAAUACUCGAUCAAAGCGGUAUUUACUUUUUUAUCUAUAACCAAAAGAUAAUGUUGCCAUAAUAAUUUAUGUUUAUAGUUUAAGAUAUUGUAGGGUAUAUGAAAAAAAAUACAUCGGUGCUCGGUUUACACAUCAGAGGUAUAUUAUUAUUACGAAUAAAAUUGCGUAAACACAAAAAACUAGGAAAAAAGAAAUAAUAUGUUGUUGGUUAAAUACAAGAUUGUAUUAAUAUUAGUAUUGAUUUUUAAAAUUAAAAUAAAAAAAAACUCUUUAACAAAUAGUGACGUCUGGAUAAUCUAGAUGGAAAUUAAUAUAGAAUGUUAGAAAGGAUAUUGAAAUAUUAAAUAAUGUUGAAAGGGCUUUAAUAUUAACAUUCCGUAUUGUAAAUGUAAUGCUUUUAAUUAAUAUCUAUUUACUUGUGUAACUCCGUUAUUAAAUUAUAGGCAACUAAUUUAAAAUCACUUAAUUAAGAGUGCACUAGUGUGAUCUGAAUCCAGGCAUAAACAGCCUUAUCUCUUCAAUAUAUAAAUAACUUUGUAAAUUUCAGGACGUGAAUUUUUUCCAAACAAUGACUACCGUAGUUCCCGUUUCCAUGAGAAUACGGGGAUAAAAUAUAGCUUACAAUUAUAUAAAGUGGCUAAAAGGAUAGUUUGACGACCUCCGUGGCGCAGUGGUAUGCGCGGUGGAUUUACAACACGGAGGUCCUGGGUUCGAUCCCCGGCUGGGCAGAUUGAGAUUUUCUUAAUUUGUCCAGGUCUGGCUGGUGGGAGGCUUCGGCCGUGGCUAGUUACCACCCUACCGGCAAAAGACGUACCGCCAAGCGAUUUAGCGUUCCGGUACGAUGCCGUGUAGAAACCGAAAGGGGUGUGGAUUUUCAUCCUCCUCAUUGACAAGUUAGCCCGCUGCCAUCUUAGACUGCAUCAUCACUUACCAUCAGGUGAGAUUGUAGUCAAGGGCUAACUUGUAAAGAAAAAAAAAGGAAAAAAAAAAAAAAAAAAAAAAAGUUAAAUGGUGAGAAUUUUUAAAAUUGGUUAAGUACGAGUAUAUGCAGAGAUUACUCUAUGACUCCAAACUUUACCUGUCUAAAAUAUUAAUAUUGAAAUUACAAUAAUAAAGUAUAGAUAUAUAUAAUUAAGUGUACCUACUAUGGCGUGUUUUCACACUGUGUGUAACGCAGAGGCGUAGCGUGCCUUGGAGGGGCCCAGUAUCAAAAUUAAAAGUUGGGGGGCCCAAUAUGAAGGGUAAAGAUUUCUUAAAACAGAAAGAUAUUUUAAUAACCUAUGAAUAUACGGAAAUUCAUAGGUUCUACAAAACAAAGGAAAUUAAGGUUUACAUUUUAAGGGGCCUCUGUAGUCCGGGAGGCCCGUAUCAUUGAUACGGCUGAUACACAAUGAAAAUUGCACUGAAAAUUACACACUUUUUCAUACACAUUAUUGCAAACAGUAUGCAUGUCUUUAUGUGGCAGUUACAAUAUACGUACUUAUAUAACUGUCUAUCUUCUGAGGAAGUAUAAAUAGAUAAAACAUGGUUAAAUGACAUGGCGAAUUUUCGUGGAUUCAGGUCCAACUAGUACCUACACAAGUGCUGUAAAACCAGGGCCGUCAGGUGAGAUUUGAAAUUUUUUAAGAUAACUGUUCAACCUAACCUACCUUCAAAUUUAUAAUUUAGCUAUUCCAUUGUUAUCAUUCCAUGUUAAAUAAGAUACAUAGUUAUAAUGAAUAAUAUACUUUUAAACAGUGCCAUAGUUGUACAGUAGAUGAUUUUACUAGAUAAUAGGUAUAGGAUAAAUUAUUAAAAAGCUAAAUGUAGUAAAUGAAUUUUAUCUCCUUUUUUUAACUCAAGGCAUUAAUAUAAAAUGUUUUCAAUAAUUACAACGAUCCCAAGGAAAAUGUCUUUUCUUAGACGGAUUUUUGGUCUUUGAAAUCAUAAUUUAUUUAAUAUCAAAUAUGUUUUCAAACUACAAUUACUGAAAUUAAAUAUGAUUUUUCGUCAGGUCAAAUCUCCGUGCAUUGGACCGUUUCCUUUGGCUUUAAUCAUGAGAUUAUUAAUAGAUUAAACUUCUUUUACAUGAAUUACAUAGUUUAAUGACCUAUGUAACAUAAUGACUGUCAUAUUUUGUUACAUAUUAAAAUCACAUACUCAAAACAAUAAUACUCAGCUAUAAAUAACAUAAUUUAUAUUUUUCACAAUGUAAUAUUGUUCAAUUAUUAUCAUAAUGUUUUUUUUUGUACCGUUCAUUCCUUAGCAAAUAUUAUGAAAUGAUUUUAAUAAACAUUCAAUAAUAAUUAUUUAAGAGACAAUACAAUGUUUUGUAUUAUUUGCAAUUUCAAUUUAAUUUAACGAGAUGAGCAUUUCUUUUUGUACGGAUCUAAUUCUAUUUUGUAAUAUAAUGUACAUAGGCUAUAGGCUAGAAUUUUUACAACGUGUUUGAUUGCUGCUUUGUUUUAUUUAAAAAUAUGUCCAUGAAUUGUAAGUGUUCAUUUACCGUUCACUUGCCGAGACGUCGCCGACUGCAGUUGACUGCCGUUGUCUGCCGCCGAGACAUCGGCGACUGUAGUCGACUGCCGUUGACUGCAGUCGGCGACUGCCGUUGACUGCCGCCGGGACGUCGCCGAUUGCAGUCGUCGGUAGCAGUUGCUGCUCGUGUAAAUGAACCCUAAGACGUUGAUUUAAACUGCUUUAUAAACUUUAUAUAAAAGGGUAAUUUGGAGUCUGAAACUUAUGUAUUUGAAAUAAACUUAGCAAACACGAAUUUAUACUGGACAUCAUGUAUUUGUUAGAUAUUUAUUAACUCAAUUAUUUUGUUUUUUACAGCAUUUACUAAUCAAAUUUUAGAAAAAUAGUAAAAGGUUUUUUAUAUUUUUAUUGCUUUUGUAAUGUAAAACGUCUUUUCUACUCUAGCGAUGUACUUGUAAUAUAUUAUACGUAAAUGCUAAUUUAAAGUAAACUAUGACAAUAUUAAAAUAUCUACACGGCGUCUAGAAUUACUUUUAUAAUACGUUAGCGCUUUGUGGUCAAGGUCGCAGUCAGAGAAAUUAAAAUCUAUAAUUUUUGUGUGUGUUAUAUGGUUUAUGUAAACGUCAUUCAAAUUAGACUCAUAAUUAAAUUAUGAACAUUCUGAAUAACGAUUUUAAAUAAGUUUUUCCUGAUAAAUAUUGAAAUAUUAAUUUCUAAAUUUAACUUGUUAUCAACAAUGAAACAAAUUAAAUUGAGAAACUUAAAGAAUAACUAUCACUUUGAAUUGGAAACAAAUUAAGCUGCAUUUUAAGAUCAAAAAUUUAAUGAUGUCCUUAUUAUGUUUGAUUAAAAAAUGUAAAGAAAAUUAGUUCACACUUAAAAACUUAUUUAGAAGGGGAAGUUAAGUUCCCCCCGCCUCCCAUAGUUUUUUUGGCUACGACCCUGUCCUUGGUGGAACGAUAAUCGUUUCAAUCCUAGAUUUAGGUUAGACAUCCUGCCGUUGAUUCGGAAAACACUUCGGUCGAUGGAAAAUCAAUUUGUAGAUAUUUGCUUACUCUCCAUGCAGGGGGUGUUAACCGCGGUGGAUAUUUUCGUCCGGGGGUGGUAUGUGGGAGUGCAGGAAUAAAUAAACUGUUGUAGUAUGUUGUAUCACUGGUUCUUUACAUAUCUUCCGAUCUAAUUUGUUACGCAUGUGUGUUUUGAUGUACUUAUAUUACUUUAAAAUACAGAUGAUAAAUUAAAUGAGACUGCAUACA